AAUAUAUUUAGUAAUGAUAACGCUUCCAAAUUAUCCGGAACUGCUAUUCUUGAAUUUCGAGAAACAUUUAAUAUACACAUAAACUUUUGUGCAACAUAUUUAGCUAUGACCAACAUUAAAGGGAUUUACAUUUGCGUGAUUUUGCUAUUUUGUGCAAUUCAAAUAAAGGCAACUGUUAAAAGAGAUAUAGAUGUCUCUUCCCUUUACAUGGGGAUUUCAGAGGAUCGCUUACCAAAGGAAAUCGUUCCACUCAGUUAUGAAGUACAAAUUGAACCCAACAUAGAAGAACAAACUUUUACCGGCUACAUAAAAAUACAUUUGCGUUGGAUUAACGAUUUAAAGAAAAUCUCUUUACAUGCUCACUUUGACUUGACUUUAGAAGAUAAAAAAAUUAAACUAAAACAAAUGACAACAGAUGUUGGCAACCUGACAACGUUCGAGGAUAUUACCAUUUUGCGAGGCGGACGACUUCCACGAAAGUCUAUUUAUGUUUUACAUUUAAAAGAGUUGGUUAAAAAAGACUCUGAAUGUAUGCUGGAAAUACCAUUCGAGGGAAAUAUUUGGGAAACUGCAGAUGGACUAUUCAGAGGACAUUAUACGAAUUCUACCUCUCUUGACCAGGAAAUUUAUUUGGCUACAAAUUUAAAACCAAACAAUGCACGUCGGUUGUUUCCUUGCUUUGAUGAGCCUGGGUUUAAGGUUCCAUUUACCGUAUCAAUCGCCAGACCUAAAGAUUUUACAACUAUUUUUAAUACACCGUUGCUUCGAACUGAUCCACACCCUUUAUUAAGCAACUACAUGUUGGAUUAUUUUGAUACAACACCGCCAAUGUCUACAUUUACGUUCGGAUUUGUAGUAUCCAAACUUCAACAGUGGAAUAAUGAACCUAUAAACGAAACCUAUAAUCUUUCUUCUCCAACUAUUAAUAUUUGGAGUAACCAAUUAGACGCUGACUUUAAGGAAAUUCACGAAAAGUUAUAUUUAACCUAUGAAACUAUUAAAGAUUAUUUUAACUUAACAAUUCCAUUGCCUAAAAUCGAUGUGCUUGCAAUUCCCGAUCUACCAACCGCAGAUUCUAUAGGAAUUUGGGGCAUACUGAUCAUGAGAGACACUGAAAUUUUGAAGAAGGGGAACUUUGUGUUGGCGCGCGAGCUUUUAAGUCAGUGGAUUGGUUCGUGGAUUACCCCCGAAUGGUGGAGUGAGGCAAAUAUAAACAAAGCUUUGACCAGUUUUCUAGCAGCAGAAUUUGUUAUGACGAUGGAUGGCGGUGUGGAAUUUAAUGGAAAAUAUCCCAUGACAAUUCUUUACUCAUUGUACUAUGAACUAAGCAAAAGAUAUCCUCAUUCACGGAUUACGAAAAUGAAACAAGAAACCGAAUCGUUCAAGACAGAACUUGUUUUUCGAAUGCUGAACUUUACAUUGGGCAAGUUCACAUUUCAAAAUGGCCUGCGCAGUUUUAUUUUAAAUCAUAAAUAUAAAACUUUCACUGGGGACGACCUUUGGGUUGCACUGUCCAACCAAGCAAUUAAGGAUGGAACACUUGACAGUCACUUCAAUGUAUCAGAUAUUGCCAAAUCGUGGAUCAAUCAAAAUCGCUUACCGCUUAUAACUGUCAAUAGAGAUUAUGACAAAGCCACUGCGACCAUAGAUCAAAAAUUAUACCUAAGGGAAAGGCCUCAUGACGUACCCGAGAAGGAUAAAAUGCUAUGGUGGAUUCCAAUUUUAGUUAGUACUCCGGACUCUAUAAACUUGUCGAAUUAUACUUCUUAUGUGUGGAUGAAUGGGACUAGACAAAUAAACAUAGCCAAUCUGCCUAAAAGCAAUCAAUUUAUUAUUAUAAAUAAAGAAGAAAUUGGUCCGUUUCCCGUCAACUAUGAUCAACAAAAUUGGAAUAUGUUGUCAAAUUUCUUGCAAACUGCAAACGGCAGGUCUGCAAUACCCACUUAUACCAGGGCCAAAUUGCUACAUGACGCCUGGAAUCUAGCUUAUGCAGGCGAACUAAGUUUUGCAACGGCUUUCGAUAUGACUUUAUUCAUGAGAUAUGAGCGCAAUCAUAUUGUUUGGAGUCCUGUUUUUACAUUUAUAGACCAUUUUGGCCGGUAUAUCGACAUGUCGGAAGUUCAUAAAAAAUUCGAGCAAUAUACCACAAUUCUUCUAGCUCCUUUAUAUGAGGAGCUGGGUCCUGAAAGUGAAAAUGAAGAUCAUUCUGUGACAGAGAUGCGGAAAUUGGCGAAGACUUUCUUGUGUCGUUCAGGCUAUCAACCAUGUAUUGCAGAAGCACAAAAAUCAUUUGAAUUGUGGUUAAAUGAGCCUGACACAUCUUUUGAUCGCAUUCCCAAGGAAUACAUUUGUCCUGUUUUCAAAUGGGGGUCGAUGGAUGAAUGGAAACUUGGGUUGAAACAUUUAAGCCAGUUCCCAAAGUCACGUCCACAAAGUGAACGAACUUUUCUCUUGAAAAUGUUAGUUGGCUGCCCAUCGGAGCAAGAAAAGAUUAAUCAUCUACUAGAGUUGGUUCUAUUAGAAUCUAGUUCGAAUUUUACUGAGAACGACAUAUUAUUAAUUUUAAAUACUUUAACCGGCGGAUCUGUUGGAUAUACAUCAUUAUUGAAAUUUGUGUCUAAGCAUUGGACUUUAAUUCAAGAAAGGUUUCAAAAUAAUACUAAUCUUUGGGAUAAAUUAAUCGGUUCAGCAACUGGAAUGUUUGCAACUAAAGAGGGAUAUAAUAUGGUGAAGGACUUCUACGAUCAACAUCGUGGAGAAUUCGGAAGUGCACAGCAUAUUAUUGAAAAGUCCCUUCGAAAUAUAAAAGAGGAAGCGCAGUGGAGUGAUCAAAAUCUGCCAGUUAUUGAAGAAUGGCUGGAAACCUACUUAUCAAAAACAACAACAUCAAAUUAAAUAUUUCCAAAAAUAUAAGUGUAUUAUUUUUGAAUUACGGUUUUCGUAUGCAUAUGCACCACGUUUGGGGACUAACACCCAUUUCUUUUUUUUUGAAACAUAAGCUCCCAAUUUCAUAUUUAGAAAAGGAAAGUUUGUACAUAGCCCAGGCAAGGUCUUGGCAAACGCAUCACACACACCCUC